GUGUAUUAUCUGUGGCAGUCCGCAGUACAGAAAUUAAAAAAAAAUACUCCAAGUUAAUUCACAGAUGAUAGGACCUAAAAAGUACAUAUUUUCUAAAAUUUCAUUUCGGAUAAGUAUACAAUAAAUGUUUACUUAAAAUGGAAUCGCAGCUGCAGAAAAAACUGUUAGCAAAUACUAACAAUCCCUUUUAACAACAAUCAACAGGUUUUAUUAGUAUCCGAGGUUUUAAAAGUGGAUAAAGAAUUCAAAGGAAGUGGUAUCCAAAGAAUACUAAGUGCUGAACAAAAUAACCUCAUUGUAUCUUUUGAAGGAGCAGAUUACAAAAAAUUAAGAUCAUCUAUAAAUGCAUUUUUAAAAAACAUUAUUUUAAUUGUUAAAACAAUACAAUCUUUUUCAAUUGUAUAGACAUUAAACAUGCCUGAGCAUACCCCAGCACCCACACCUUCAAGGUCAUUGUAUGGUUUCUUUAUGUUCGUAUUCAGUAAAAUAAUUUUAGCAACAUAUUGUAUUUGGUCACUAACUCCUGAUUACUAUCUUCAUUAUCUCAACAUAUAUUACUAUCCACAGAAGUACUGGUCAACAGCAGUGCCAAUUCAGUGUUUAGUAGCACUGACAAUUUUUGCAUUUUUAGUCUACCCCAGUUCAAAUUUAAUGUUAACACCCAGUAUUGAUAGUAUUAAAACCAUUCAGGAUUCCUAUAGCCAGUUUGACAAUGGAAAUAUUAAAACCCAUUAUGAGAAAAUAAGUGAUUUUUGUAUAUGUAAAGACGAGGCUAAAUGCAUGAAACAUAAUUACAUAGCCUCUCCUAAAGAGUUGAAAGAAAAUACUGUACCACAAUUAAAAGAAUAUGAAAAAAGUUAUAUUUCAAGGAAAUUAUAUCUAACUAGAAAUAAGAAAAGUAAAUAAAAAAAAAUGAUGUAAC